GUAAGGUAAUACCUUAUUAUCAAUAUAACCUACCUGCGGUUGAUAAUAAUCGAAAUUUAAUCAACCAUAGCAGUGUAAUCUUACAUAAUUAACUGUGUGCUUAAACAUAUGUAAAUACUAUAAAUUGCCUUUUUAUUAUGGUUAAAAUUGGUGGUUUCGGCAACCCUUUGCUCGAUAUAUCUGUUAAAUUAAACACUAACGAUUUACUGAAUAAGUACAACUUGCUGGAAGAUGAACAAUCCGAAUUUGAUAGUCAGAAGAUGAAAUCACUACUUAAUGACAUAAAAAAGUAUGACGUCACGUACAGUCCCGGCGGUAGCGCUCAAAACACUCUGAGAUUGUUGCAAUGGCUUAUGAACAGCGAAAGUUCUACAUUUAUGUUUGGAGGAAUUGGAAAAGAUGAACAGGGGAAAAAUUUAAAAAAUCUGGUAGAAAUUUCAGGUGUUAAAACGAAUUAUUCGCUGUUUGAAGGUAAACCGACAGGUACUUCGGUGGUAUUAAUUAAAGGCAGUAAUCGCUCUUUGGUGGCGUAUAUAGGAGCUGCUGAGAGUGUAAGAAUAAAAGAUCUUAAAAUAAAUGAAACUGAAAGUAUACUGGAGACUAUGGACGCUAUUUAUAUGGAAGCGUUUUUCGUUACGAAAAGGAACGAUGUUGCCAAAUACGUGCAAGAAUUUUGCGAAGAAAAAAAUAAAAUUUUCGCAUUCAGCUUAAGUGCGCCGUAUAUUAUUCGAGAGAAUGCGGAAGUAAUCAUUCAUUUGGCUAGAACUUGUGACAUACUGUUUGGAAAUAAAAGAGAAUUCGCCGCGUUAAAAGACGUAAUGAAAUUUGAGGGAACGUUCCAAGAUCUGACGCGUCAUCUUCUUAAAACUUACAACAAAAAAGCUAAAAACAAAUACGGAAAAAUCGUGGUAGCGACAAAUGGUAGCAAAUGGGUCGUAUGUGGUCAUAGUAAUGAUGUUUUGGAAAAAGCUUUCGUUCCGAAAAUAGAUGAUACAAAAAUAAUAGAUACCAAUGGGGCUGGAGACGCAUUUUCUGCCGGAUUUCUCGCGGGAAUUUUCACCAACAAGGAACCACGGGAAAGCAUGAAAAUUGGCUUUUGGACCGCUGCUCAAAUUAUUCAAAACGUUGGAUGUUCAUUACCGCAAUUUCCCAUUACAUUGGACGAUAUUUUAAACACUGAAACUACAUAAUUAAUUGUUUAUUAAGAUUAGCAGUCAAAGCCCUUUAAUUUUAAUAGAAGUAUAUUCAUAUUCUUCCUUUUAGCUUUACAACUUGUUGUAUUCUAAUUUUCAAUAUAUUUGUACAUAAGCAGUCCCCAAAUCAAAGAACUCGUUCAUAUUAAAAAAACUUCCUACUGCUAAAAGUGUCUUUUAGUUUUAAUUCUUGAAUUUAAAUGAGAUAAUAAUUUCUUUGUAUUUUUAUUCGCGUAAUACUUUUUUAACGUCAAGAAAUUUCUCUGCUAUAGACAACGGAUGUUGUUUUUCCAUUUUUCUAACAGGAGUAUUUUUCCUGAAUGAAUACAGUGAAUGCUAAUCUUAAUAAUAAAUAUGUUAUUUUUUAAACUACAUAAUUUUGAUAGAUACGUAAAAGAAUUAUUGUAUUUCACAUUCUUUUGUACUAAUUAGUACUCUGGGACAUAAAUAUAUACACACACACUAUAUAUA